AUGGAAACCUUCAAAUUCAUUUUCUUUGUGAGCGUUUCAGUGGCGCUACUUCUGUCGACAACACUGGCGUUCUCAAAGUACAGAUCCAAAAUUCCUAAUGGAUACAGGGUCUAUGAUCCAUGCAGCCCUCGCAAGAUGGUGUACGGGGUGGGUCAUGUGGACCCAAAUGGAAGUGGGAAAAGAAAUCCAUUUGGUGAUUUAUUCGCCUCAGAAGGCUAUAAGUGGGACAACAAGACAUGUCGAGCUGAUUCCGACGGAGAUGGGUUGACUAACGGCGAGGAGCUAGGUGACCCAUACUGUAUCUGGAAAGUUGGAGACACUCCAACGCGAAAGACGAAUAUAACGAGCCCAGGUAUCAGCAAUAAAUGCUACUCUAAGUGA